GCAGGAGUAAAAGACAUCGUGUUGGCAGUAAAUUAUCGCCCCGAAAUCAUGGUAACUCUUCUUCAAAAAUAUGAAGAAAAGUUCAACAUUACAAUCACCUUUUCUGUUGAAACCGAACCCUUAGGGACCGAGAAGCCUGUAGAAUUUGUCAGCAACAAAAUUAAUGCUGGCAUAUAUAUAUUGAAUCCUUCUAUUUUAGACAGAAUUGAGCUAAAACCUACCUCUAUUGAAAAAGAAGUAUUUCCUCAUGUGGCAGCCGAUUCUCAACUACAUUCAUUUGAUCUAGAAGGUUUUUGGAUGGAUGUUGGACAGCCUAAAGAUUUUUUGACAGGCACUUGUCUAUACCUCGCCAAUUUAGCCAAAAAACAGCCUCACCUCCUUGCGAACACUGAUUGCGAUUAUGUUCACGGAGGUAAUGUUCUUGUCGAUCCGACUGCAAAGAUUGGUAAAGGUUGUAGGAUCGGUCCAAACGUCACGAUUGGCCCAAACGUUAUUAUUGGUGACGGUGUUCGAUUGCAAAGAUGCGUUGUAUUGGAAGGAAGUAGAAUCAGAGACUAUGCUUGGGUUAUGAAUAGCAUUAUUGGAUGGCAUUCUAACAUUGGACGAUGGGGUGUUUCUGUACUUGGUGAUGACGUAUCCAUCAAUGACGAAAUUUACGUAAAUGGAGGUCGUAUUCUACCUCACAAAUGCAUCACUUCAAACGUAACUGAACCUCAAAUAAUCAU